UGGAUGCUUUCAUUGUAAACCUAUGCCCAAUAUUGUUCACUAAAUUGCGUGACCGGAGGGUGUUUCGCUAAAUUUUCGACCAUGAAUUUUUUUAAUAAAACCCCGUUUUGUUCGUAUUUAAAAUAUAACUACAAAUAUACCGAGGUAUCAUGUAAAUGGUGUAAAUUGAGAAGGUCAAUUAUGAGAGAUAAUUGUAUCCCUUAUGAAUAAAUUUAGGCACCCGGAUCUACAAGUUGAUAUCCCAUCAAGAUCAUUUUGGAGUUUGAUUCGAAACAGCUGCAGAAAUGAAUUUGCUUUUGUUGUCCGCGCAUUUUAUUGCCCUCUUCGUGGCAGUAGAGGGGCACGGCCGAUUGAUAGACCCGCCUUCCAGGGUUACUCUGGGAAGGUAUUUUCCUGGACACGCCUUCGAUACAACUGACAUGGGAUAUAACUGCGGCGGCGUACGGACCGAGGCCGGUGAGGAGUCCCCUAAAUGUCCUGUAUGUGGAGCUAGGCCCAGUGAUAACCCACCAAAUGAACCUCCAAAUGGAAAAUAUGCAAACGAUUUUAUUGUGAAGACGUACAUGCAAGGGGAGGUAAUUGAGAUCAAAUCACAGCUGACUGCGAAUCAUAAAGGUGAAAUGGAAUAUAGGAUCUGUGAAAACGAUGAAAAACAAGCCGUUGUAGGUUAUGAUUGUUUCAACAAGAAUUUGCUGGUUGGUGAAGAUGGUGUCACGACAGCCUUUAAGAUCAUUACCCAGUCCUACAGUGCAGAUAUCGCCCACAGAGUAAAACUCCCGCCAAAUUUGACCUGUACACGAUGUAUUCUUCAGUGGAGAUACAGGGCCGGAAACAGCUGGGCUAAGGGCUGCUUGGGUUGCGGACCACAAGAAACAUUUCAAGCAUGCGCAGACAUUGAAAUCAAGCCAAACGGGAAUGCAAUUGAGCCAGAAAAUGAACCGGAAACUCCUGGAAAUACGCCGGAAGUAGAUGACAGCGUUCCUGUUGAUAACGGCAGCUGCGACUGUUCGAAAGCACUUUCUCCUGCAAUGUGUCAUAGUGUUUCUACAGGACGCCGUUGGUCUAACCGUCAUUAAAAACCGCUUGUAUUCAAUCAGCAGCUCAAAUUUAAUUCGGAAAACUCCAUAUGCAUGAACAGAUAUGUCAGCCAUUUUAAAAUUACGUCAUUCGAAUAAUCUGUUUCCCAGAAACACUGACCUAGAAUGCUGUUAUCAAAGUUUACCGAAUUGAUGAAUUGAAAUUUAAACGAAAUCAGGGUUUCCUGAAGUUAUUAUCGUUUUAAUUUACUGACGUGAAAAAAAAUAAUAGUAUGUAAAAUACUUAAAAACUUCUUUAAUAAAAAUAUAACUUACAUAAAAGCAUUCAAUUUUCUUC